CUAGGGACCAGCACAGAUGGGACAGCAGCAAGCUGCAGUAUGCAAUUGGACCCUGAACCUGAGAGAUCCUGCUGACUGUCUGACCAAUAAGGCAAGGGAUAGCGAAGAGAAGCUUAGUUUUGUUUCAUUCCCACAUAAACAAGACAAACCUGGACCUGGAGAAUCAGGGAAGAACCUUCAGCCACACAGGGACACUUGAAGGAUGCAGGACGGGAGUUGGAAUCAACCACUCCCCAUUUCAGUGCUGCUCAAGGAUCCAGCAGCAGGUGGGACUUCAGAGGGCGAUGCGGGUGUGUUUUCUGAGGCCUCCUCCGACGGAGAGCUUUACCUUGACUCGUCGACAGAGCUGGAUUCUGGACACGGGGACUUUGCAGAUCUGACUGCCUUCUUGAGCGCGGAGGAGAUUAAUCUUAGCCUGGACCUGGCCCGGGAGGCCUUCGGCGAGGCGGACGAAUGUGAAGAUCAAGACCCCUCUAGUCUUAAACAACUGGAGCAGGCUCUCCAAUCUGUCCCUUCCCCCCUUGUUGUGCCCUCUCAAACGACUGAAAACCUCAACUCAAGCCCAAACCUUCACCACCAGACCAAAGCUGUUUGCCCUGAUGACAAUGGAGCAGUUUCAGUUUCCCCCAACCAGAUUUCUCCCAUCAGCAAACCCGUACAGAUCUCCAGUGAGGCUCUGUCCUCAGCUGAGAAGGUUGUAAGGCACAAGCCCAUCCAGCCUGUGUACAAGCAAGACAAGCCCAGGCUGGUUCACGAAGGCCUGGAGCUGAACGACCGAGCGGCUUCAGUCACAGAGUUCUGCAGCCGAGCGGCCACCUUCAUCGAGGAACUGUCAUCCAUUUUCAAAGGUUCUGCUCAGCAGGUGGAGGAGGAAUCCUCCUCUCCUGACAGUGGCUACCUGUCUCCAAGAAGCCAGCAGACCGUCCCUCCAGGCUUGGUCUCCACUUCCUCCCUGCCUCCAGGCCAACAAGAGGAUGCACACAAUAACCUGCCGGAGAUGGGACAGGGGGGUUCAGAGAGGCACCUACAUGCUGGAGCGUCAGCGGCAUCCGAACCCCUGUCCCCACCUCAGUUCCUCCAAAAGCUGAAGAGUCAGGAAGUGGCUGAAGGCAGCCCCAUUCGUCUGGAGUGUAGAGUUCAAGGAAACCCACUGCCACUCGUCAGGUGGUUCUGCGAAGGCCGCGAGCUGCAGAACUCCCCUGACAUUCAAAUCUGGAGGGAAGGCGACCUUCACACGCUGGUGAUCGCCGAAGCCUUCGAGGACGACACGGGACGUUACACCUGCGUGGCGUCCAACAGCCUGGGAGCAGACAACACCUCCGCCGAGGUUUACAUUGAAGGAGCUUCAUCGUCGGACUCAGAGGGAGAAGGAACGGCGUCAAAGUCAAGAUCAGGAGCCAUGCCGCAAGCGCAGAAAAAGACGACUUCGAUGUCCUUAACAAUACGCUCAUCAUCGCCCAAAACCCCAGAGGUGCCUCCUCAUCGCUCAGCCCUGGUCCAGUCCAUGUCUCAGCCCCCACAGAGGAUGCAGAGUCCCGUGUCUGCACUGCAUGGUGGUGAGGCGUCAGGCCCUCCACUGUUCACAAAGCUCCUGCAGGACGUCCAGGCGUCAGAGGGCCAGGUGGUGGUUCUGGAGUGCAGAGUCCGCGGAAGCCCUCCCCUCCAGGUCCAGUGGUACCGACAGGGGAACGAGAUUCUGGACUCGCCCGAUUUCAGGAUUCUACAAAAAAAGCCUCGGUCUGCAGCUGAGUCAGAGGAGAUCUGCACCUUGGUGAUCGCCGAGGCUUUUCCAGAGGAUGGAGGUCUGUUCUUCUGCAAGGCGUCUAACGCUUUCGGCUCUGUCAGCAGCACGGCCCAGCUGACCGUGAACCCAGCAGCUGAGGACUCAUCAAGUAAUGGCAUGUCUGGCGAUAGCUCAGGAUUUGAGGAUGCGGCCUCCUUCCCUCCUCCACCUCCUCCUUCGCCACCACCCACCGAGAUCAGCCUCCUGGAGUUGCCGCCUAAGGCGCUGCCUCAGCCCGGUUUAGAUGCGUUCCGUGUCAAAGAGCUGGAGAUGUGGCCCGGUGCAUCCGUUCCGCCUCUGGUCCAAAUUAACUCGGAGGUGGAAGACGGGGACAAGGGGAGAGGGCUGGAACCUCUACAGAACGGCCAACACCCACCGACACCUCCAAGCUUACCUAAAGACGCCCCACUCCCACCGCCACCUCCUCCUCUGCCGCUGUCAGAACUGGCGGCAGCAGACAUCCAGGUCACGCCCUCCAGUCAAGCCCACAUCGUACCAGAUUCUCCUCCGAGCCAGGGCAAGCUGUCUCCAUCUCCCGGGAAAGAUGGUCCCCCGAUCCCUACCAAGCCAAAACCAAAGCUAGCUGACAAUAAUGAGGAGAAGACUGAAAACGGCAGGAACGCGGCCCAGCUGAAGCAGCUGCAGGACCAGAUUCUGUUGGAGCAGCAGGAGGCAGCCAUCUGGCAGCAGCAGCAGCAGCAGCAGGAGCACAUCCAGGAAGUCCCACCUCCACCCUUGCAACUGCUUCAGGAAGCACCUCCACCUGCUCCGCCUUCGCCGCCUCUCCCCCCGCCCCCCUCCUUCCAGGAGCUGGAGAGCAGCACCGCCAUGCAGGCCAGUACCUUCAACUACGCCCGGCCCAAGCAGUUCAUCGCUGCCCAGAGCCCGGGCGGGGCGACCUACGUCGCCCACUCCUCUGGCUCCUCUGGGUCCAGCCUGUCCUCCCCGCUGUCUCCACCCGCCUCCCACAAGCCCUUAAACCGGGUCGCCCUGCCUCCUUUCACGAAGGCCGGCAGCGUUGAGUCUCCGACCUCUCCGUCCUUCCCGCCUCCUCCUCCGCCCUUCCUCAGCCCCAGCAACCUGUCCUCUCCCUCCGGCCCCGGCCAGGACUUCCCCCCUCCUCCACCCCCGCCUCCUCCUGUUUCCAUGUCUCCAGUCGGCUCAGAUGUGUCAUCGCCGUUCUCCUCGGUGCCCCCGUCUCCCGCCUCCAGCUUUCUGUCCUCGGUGCUGCCCUCCAGCCCCUCCACACCCGGCAGCCCCACCGUCAACAGCCUGGGCCUUCCCAAAGGCAACGGCACCAUCAAAGUGUUUCCGAGGAAGUCGUCAGUCACCAAGACGCCUCGCGUCGUCUCCGACUCCGACAUCCAGGGCUCCAAGGAUGCCGUCAUCCAGGAUCUGGAGAGAAAGCUGCGCUUUAAAGAGGAGCGCAUGAGCAACAGUCAACAGAGGUUAACCUAUGAGGAGAAGAUGGCCCGUAGGCUCCUGGGGGCCGACAACGCUGCCACAGUCCUGAACACACAGGACACAGAAGAGGAGCCGAUCACACAGGAAGACAAGUCAGCUGAUGCAGAAACUUACCCUCAAAAGGAGUACAAAGUGUCCAGCUUCGAGCAGCGCCUCAUCAGUGAGAUCGAAUAUCGCCUGGAGCGUUCUCCGAUGGAGGAGUCGGAUGACGACGUCCAGCACGAUGAGGACUCCGCCGGCCAGGGGGUGGCGCCCUCCUUUGACCAGAAGCUGAAACACUACAAGGUGUUCGAGGGCAUGCCGGUCACUUUUUCCUGCAAGGUCCACGGAGACCCCAAACCAAAGGUAUAUUGGUUUAAAGACGGCAAGCAGAUCUCCAAGAGGAGCGAACACUACCGGAUCAGCCGGGAUCCAGACGGUACCUGCUCGCUGCACACGGCGGCAGCCUCGCUGGACGACGACGGAAAUUACACCAUCCUGGCAGCAAACCCAGACGGCCGGGUGAGCUGCACCGGCAGGAUGAUGGUCCAGGCGGUGAACCAGCGCGGCCGCAGCCCACGGAUGGCUCCAGGUCACAUGCGCAGGCCCCGAUCACGGUCCAGAGACAGCGGUGACGAGAACGACAACAUCCAAGAGCGUCACUUCCGCCCUCACUUCCUGCAGGCGCCUGGUGACCUCAUCGUCCAGGAGGGCCGCCUGUGCCGGAUGGACUGCAAGGUGAGUGGCCUGCCGACCCCCGACCUCAUCUGGCAGCUGAACGGACACACCAUCCGUCCCGACUCGUCCCACAAGAUGCUGGUGAGGGAGAACGGGGUGCACUCUCUGGUCAUCGAGCCGGUGACCAGCCGCGACGCUGGCAUUUACACCUGCAUCGCCAGCAACCGGGCCGGCCAGAACUCCUUCAACCUGGAGCUCAUCGUUGCGGCUAAAGAGAUGCACAAGGCGCCCUCGUUUGUGGAGAAGCUGCAGAACACGAGCGUGGCGGAGGGCCACCCCGUGCGGCUGGAGUGCCGCGUCACGGGCGUUCCUCACCCGCAGAUCUUCUGGAAGAGGGAGAACGAGUCCUUCACUCACAACACAGACAGAAUCAGCAUGCACCAGGACAACUGCGGCUACCUAUGCAUGAUAAUCCAGCCAGCUCUGAAGGAAGACGCCGGGUGGUACACUGUGUCGGCCAAGAACGACGCCGGCAUCGUUUCCAGCACCGCACGCCUCGACGUUCACACUCAGUGGCAGCAGCCGAACCUCCCGAAGCCCAAGAAGGUCCGGCCCUCAGCCAGCCGCUACGCCGCGCUGACGGAGAGGGGGCUGGACGUGAAGGCGGCCUUCUUUCCCGACUCCAGCCCGCUCCCGCCCGGCGGUCUGGUGGAAAGCGACGACCUGUAAAUGCGCAGAGAUUUUUGACUCCAACCCCCUCCCACCCGUGAAGGCUGCCCUCGACCCCCCCAAACACUCCUGAGACAUAAACAGAGAGGCAGGGGGCAGACUGAACUCUAGUCCACCACCGAACUGCAGAGAGGGGGCGGGUGCAGCUUUGGUUUCCUUCUUAUAAACCCUUUAUAGUAAAGAAAUUAAGGUGACUUGGAAGGUGAUUGAAGUGCUUAUGAUGAGAGAAGAGAGUUAAAGUGCCUCUUAAAGUGCAACACAGAUUCACUACGCAUGCACACGUCCGAUACCUGCAGUAAUGGAUCUGAGUGGCCAGAAUGUAAAGGGACAGGAAGAGGUGAACUCUUCCAUGCUGAAUGUUGAAGGUGUGGAAUGACGAAGGUUUGAGGUUAAGGUGAGGAGGAUGUACGUGGAAGAGCAGGUGUACAGUGGGAUG